AUGGACACGGGCACCAGUGAUGGUGGUGGUCAAUCGGUGAUUGUUGGCGGCAACGGUGGUGCUGCCAGCCGCAUCGGGCACCACCACAACAACUCAAACCUCGCCAGCAGCCAAAGCCUAAACCACAGUCAGUCAAUGUCGAUGUCUCACGCUGAGGGCACCUCGUCCUUUAGAGCUCAACCACACAGUAACUUUUCUUACGAGAAUACAGUGCCAAUGCAAGCCAACUCACAAAUGAACAAUGGCACUGGAAAUGCCACCGUUCCCACCACCUCUGUCCAACAGCAUCAAAUGGCGCCGCCCAUGUCCAGCGUCCAAAUCUGUGAUUCCUCUGUUGGUUUCGGCGGCCAGCAAUCGGCGUCCUCCGGCAAUGGUCAGGGCAAUGGCCAAGGUAGCGGUGUCGGCGGUGGCAACAGCAACAACCGAGGCUUCCCCACUGUGAUAUCCAACCGUGAUGACGUCUUCAGGAAUCUGACCACCUACUGUCAGAUCAUCCUCAAAGACAUGAAUCAGUACGGAUUCUGUGUGAUAGACAACUUUCUGCAGAACGGCGAAGAGAUCCUCGAGGAGGUAAAAUUCCUCUACGACAAGGGCCUCUUUCGGGCGGGCCAGGUGGUGAACCACCGGACGACGAGCACCAACACCAAGAUGAUUCGCGGCGACCAGAUCAUCUGGGUGGAGGGCAAUGAGACGCUGUGCAAUCACAUUGGUUUCCUCAUUCGCAUCCUCGACUCGAUCAUCACCAAGUGCAACACCACCUAUGCCAAUGGCGAGUUUCACAAGUACAACAUUAGCCGGCGGACCAAGGCGAUGAUUGCCUGCUACCCGGGCAAUAACGCCAAGUACGUCCGCCACAUUGAUAAUCCAAAUAAUGAUGGUCGUUGCAUAACCAGUAUUUACUACCUGAACAAGGACUACAAUGCGCAGCGUGAUGGCGGCGUGUUGCGCCUCUUUCCGCAAAUGAACGACGGCAUUGUGGCGAAUAUUGAGCCCCGUUUCAACAGGGUCAUCUUCUUCUUCUCCGACAAGCGCAAUCCUCACCAGGUGACCGAGUCGUCUCGACUUCGCUUCGCCAUCACUGUCUGGUACUUUGAUGACAAGGAGCGAGAACGGGCCAUUGAGCGCUACAAGGAGCAACAACAGAGGCAUCAGCAGCGUUCCACCAAUGACUCGAAUGGCUCACUGAGUGCACCUACUCAAUACUGA